AUGGAGGGCACCCGGGGGAGCAACCGUCGCAUAAACAGCCUUGCUUCGCGAGAGGGUCUGCAACGCCAGGGCUCCGCGACCGCCCGUGGGAAGCGCCCCGUAUCCGCCCAAGAUGCCUACCUCUACGCCCUCCGCGUGGCAUAUCUGGCAUAUCUGCUCCAGCCUCGCCAGAAGCGAGUUCAGCAUGUGCCUGCCGCGCCCAAGCAAGUCCAGCGGUCCUCGACGUCCAUCAACGACCUCAUGAAGGACUUCUCUCUAAUAAGAGAUUCCAAGAGCACCCGCUUCCCUCGCGACUUCAUGGCCGCCCUCGAUAAGCGGAUAACAAAGGUGCUGAUGGGCACAGAGCGCAUGCCUGAGUUUCAGGAUGCCACGGUCAAGCGGACGUUUGCCGUCUUCUUGAACGCCUUCAAGGAUCCGUCUUUUAGGAAGAACAUGGACAAGGACAGGAGAGUUGAGGAUUUGCUCUUGAUCUUCUACUCAAACGCCACAAAGGAGCUGGGCAAAGGCAAGGCGCCAGGAGACGACAGUUGGAAGCUCAUGGUGGACCGACAUGUUGCUCUCUUCCUACGACUCGUUAGCUCUAUCCUCGUGCACUACGAUUGGGCCAAGGACCGCCCAGAACUCGCCCAUCGACUGGCCACCAUGGAAAAGAAGCUUUUGGUACAUGAUCAGGAUCUAGCAGCCGAGAAUCAGCGUAAUGGCGGGUCGGGAGGCAAAACAGUCGAAGUGGAAGUCCCAAGAAGCUAUGAGGUCAAAGAUAUGCCACUGGUCCUGGUGGUGUCACGCAUCUUUGCUGUUGGGUACUCCGACGUGCAAGCCGAUAUCGAUCGAUAUAAGGCUGUAUGGACUGAAAAGGCUGCUUUGCAGGAUCUCAAGACCUAUCAGGCACAUCUGAGUCUCAUGACAAAGAAGACGCUCAACAGCGACGACUUUGAUACCGAAGAGGCUUAUGAGGCGUGGAAGAAUCAAGAAAUACCAGACCUCUCGCAGAUGAUUCUAGCCAUCAUCCAGUCCAACCCGGAACUUGCAAAGAGUUCUCCCGGGUCUGUACCACAAUUCAGGCCAAAGUCAACUUUGGACCCCCUCUCUAGUGGAUCCAGGCAGGGUUCUGUGUCCUCUGAGAACAGCUACGUCAUUGACCAGCCCGUGGACAUGAGCGGGCUCAACAUCUCAGACGACCCAAAUGACACGUCGUCAUAUACCUUUAUACCCACAGAUCCACGUGCCACGUACCGUGCGAUCCUGAAAGAAGCAUUGACGUACGACUUGGCGGAUACCGAACUUGAACCAAGCGAGGCAACUAGCGAGGACCCGCCUGUCAAGCUACUGUCAAAGCACUCGGCCGAACUCUUGAACGAGAUAGCCGUCAGGUGGCGGAUUCCUCAGUUUUCGCGUCUUGUAUUGUUCCUGGAUGUCAUCCGCGACAAGUACAUUGACCAAGAAAUCAGUCUAGAUACUCUCGACGCAGCCUUUAACUACGUCAAGGAGCCCCCGCCAGUAGACACCAAGUCACGUCGAAUGAGUCAAAUCCCAGUACAAGAAUCCUUGUUUGAUCGGUCCAAGUGGACAAUUCAGGACUAUGCACUUAAUCAGCAGAUCUUGCUAGCGUUACACGACUGCUUGUUGCGUGAACUGUAUGAGCUGAUGAUGUGCGUGUACGACCCCAAACCGCCUGGGCUCGGGCCAGUCAUGUACAUACUCGAGAGCCACAUCUACGACGAUCCCACGUUUCCUGGCACAGAGGAAGACAUGGACAAGUUCACUGAGCAAUUACGCCAGGGCUUGAGACAGAAGGCUGGUGAAGUGUAUCGUGAGCUUCUCGCAAAGCAUAUCCCCGACACCAAAGAAGAGUGGGAAUUCUUCCAUGUUAUCGAGCUUGGACGCGCCGUGGUUAAGCUCUGCGAGCGUAUACAGAAGCGGUAUCGGAAGAACCCUGAAGUCAUGGGCGCUAGCCCUAUGAUGUGUCUUGUGGAGAAGAUGUUUCCUGCGUAUGCUGCCGAUGCGCGAGACCUGGUUGCGCGGAUUAUGGAUGUUGCGCAUAGCAAGGGAGAAGAUGUGCCAGUACAAGAUGGAUUCGACUUGUACAAGGAGCUUGUCGAGAUUCGUCGCAUACACAGCGAUGCUCUACCAGACAAGAGCUUUGCAUUUAGCAUUGAAGAUCAGCUACAGGACUUUGUCUGGAGAUGGAUUCAAAUGACAGACCAAAACUUGAUUGGGUGGGUCGAGAACGCCUUCAAGGCAGACCAGUUCCAGAUUGAGUCGCAGAAUCCCAUUCCUAUGGACGAUGAGCGCCACAGCGUCUCAGUUGUGGACAUUUUCCGGUCGUUCAAUCAGAGUAUCGAGCAGAUUGUUGCCCUGAACUGGGAUAACGACGUUCAAUACGCUAAGUUUAUGACAGCCGUGUCAAAAUCGAUUGGUAUCGCACUUGCAAGAUACUGCGAGCUUGUGGAGCAAAAGUUCGCCAAAGAGAUGGACCGCCUUACGCCCGAGCAGGAAGCUGCUGCUAAUCAAACAAGACAAGAGAAGUGGUUGUCUACGGUCAAGGACUUUUACAGCCAAAAGGAGAAUGUCGAGCCGUUCCAGUUUUACCCAGAAUCCCUUGUCAAACUCAACAACAUCGAGUAUGCAAUGCAGCAAUUAGAUAAGCUCGAGCGCGAAAUUGGUGUAGACGCUUGUGCAGAGGUUAUCCAAAAAUACUCUCCGCCACCAGCUCAACGCCCGCGAAACAACAACUUUGUCUUUACCAUCAAGAUCAUCGAGGCUGAAGACCUGAAGGCGUGCGAUAUGAAUGGACUCAGUGAUCCUUAUGUUGUUCUGGGUGAUGAGUACCAAAAGCGUCUGGCAAAGACUCGGGUAGUCUAUCGCAACCUGAACCCACGCUGGGAUGAGACAAUCGACAUUACCACCAACGGUCCGCUCAACGUGGUUGCCACGAUUUGGGAUUGGGAUGCCAUGGGUGAUCAUGACUGUGUUGGUCGUACAUCACUCAAGUUAGACCCAUCGCACUUCCGAGACUACAUGCCCCGCGAGUACUGGCUCGAUCUGGAUACACAAGGUCGCCUGCUGCUGCGUGUGAGUAUGGAGGGAGAGCGAGACGACAUCCAAUUCUACUUUGGCAAGUCAUUCAGAACACUUAAGAGGACUGAGCGUGACAUGACACGGAAGAUUACGGACAAGCUCUCAUCCUUUAUUGGAUACAAGCUCUCUCGCCGGUCGCUUGAUGCCCUGCUCAACAAGGGUGUUGCCUCAAAAGUAACGAAUUACUUGGGCAACUUCCGAUCCGCUCGACCCAUGUCGGUUGUCCAAGGUCCUACACAGCACGACAUCGCGUCGGCACUUGGUCCUUUGUUCACCUACUUUGACGAGAACUUUGCCAUCAUGAAGCAAACACUGACUGAUGCUGCCAUGAUCAUGGUCAUGACGAGAUUGUGGAAAGAGGCCUUGGCAACAAUAGAGUCCCUACUUGUACCACCACUUUCCGACAAGCUAUCACAACAGCGCCCGUUGACUCAACAAGAGCUCGACAUCGUUUUCAAGUGGUUGAAGAUGUUGUUCGACUUCUUCCACGCAGUUGAUGAGGACGGUAACGUUGAGGGUGUACCCAUGGACGUUCUCAAGUCGCCGAAAUACCACGAGCUCCAAAACCUAAACUUCUUCUACUUUGAGGCGACGGAAGAUCUCAUCCGCACAUCUGAAUCCAUGGCUGCAGCCAGCGCACGAAGACAACAAGAGCAGACACAACGGUUGAACCGCAUGUCUGCACCACCCACCAUGGGUCAUCAAUUCGGUGGUGCUGCGGGACUUGUUGGUAUGCCGACUAGAAAACACAAGACUGUCAUGCUGUCACGUAACCUGGGUACAAUGAAGAAGGCCAAGGAAGAGAAGAGAAAAGAAGCACAGGCCGAACCCAAUGACGAUAUGAUAUUGCGUAUAUUGAGAAUGAGGCCCGAGGCGGAACGCUACCUCAAGGAUCGAAGUAGACAAAAGGAACGUCUUGCCGCCGCCCAAGCCGCAGAAAUGAUAGUCCGCCAAAGUCUCAACUCUGGCGGUGGACGUAUGACAGGCCCGUCGAGACGUUAA